UGUCGGCACCUUAAUGGACAUUGAUCACUGAUGAAGGCUCUCCGUAUAGCCAUUGCUAGUUGUUUACACAAUACACAUGUGGUGACUUUCGUACAAUAAAUAGGGGCCAAAUGUUUCGUUCGAAGGUGUUUUCUGUCUUACGAACUAUUGUAAACAGAAAUUCAUAUAACAUUGGAAAUGCAACUACAUUUCAAUGUCCGCUUUUAAAAACUGUUGUACGAGGAGAUUCAACUAUAGCUUCGAAAGAAACAGAUGCGACUGUAAAUAAAAGUGUGGACGAAGUUUCAGAAAAGUCUGUGACUUCGUUCAAAUCUUCAUCUGAAAUUUCAAUCGAAGCUUCAGAAGGAACAUCAAAUGUUCCAUCUGAGUCAACAGAGUAUGAACCUGAUAAACUGUAUAAGAAGUUAGAAAUAGAAGUUAGAGGAAAUGAUCCUGCUGUUCUUAGCAGUUAUGGACAAUUUACAGUCAUGGCUGCAAAUAAUUUAGAUAUUACUAUUGGCAGACAUGUUGCGCCAAAAAAGGCCAUACAUGAAAGGCUAACAGUACUCAAAUCUGUUCAUGUCCAUAAGAAACAUCGUGUUCAAUAUGAGACAAGAACAUAUUAUAGAUAUAUUGAUUUCUUCAAUUUAACUGGCUCAACAGCAGACACGUUUUUAGAAUAUAUACAAAGGAAUCUUCCAGAGGGGGUAGCAAUGAAAGUUACAAAGGUGGAACUACAAACUUUACCAGAAUCAGUGAAACAAGCAAACCCUGUACAACAAUGAACAGUACAGUUUAUGAUGUUAUCAUUUUUACUAAUAGUCAAAUAAAUUAAAUUAUAUGAA